AUGAGAUUUGCUUUAGAGCUCAGAAAAAUUGAACCAGAAAAGAAACCUGUCCGUCCAAAUAAUAUCAACAGAAGAUUACUCGGUUUUGGUUGUUUAUCACUGGCUAAAGAUCAACAAUAUUUCCAACGUUACUCUUUGUUAUCACAUUUAUACAGUAGUAGGAAGAGUUUUAAGACUUGA